AUGAAGGAAGACAUCACAAACCACAGCAGCCUUCGAAAACUGUCACUAGCUGUUUCCCAUGUAGGCCAGCAAGCCGCAGGGCCCCCGUCUGCAGCUCCUCAGGCUGGAAUCGCAGAAGCAGGCACCCCUGCUCCUCCACCCGGACAACACAACACAGAGAGCUGCCAUAUAUCAGGAGCAUCUACGUGCACGCUGGUGCGGAGGGUGACGCGCAGUGGAGGAAGUGCAACUGUGCAGAGCCUGGGCAGGACUCCAGGAGCUCUUCCACUUGGAUCAGCCCCCCACCCCCAGUUUCAGGAAAUAAGAACAUUUGCAAAGAGACCAAACCGAAAGUCUCAGAUCUCAACUGCCUGGUGUGAUAAUUUCGAGAAAUACACUGCGUGCGUGGAUGGAACUCAGAGAGCUGCUUGCCUCUGCCUCCCAAGGGCUGGGAUUAACGGCGACACCGCACCCCGCUGGAGGAGACCAACCCUGACAAGUUGUCCCUCCAUGAGUGCCAUGGUACAGCACCGUCUUCGCCUCCCAAAUCAGCGUUUAAAAACAAGACGAACGAUUUUCAGAUCACACUUACCCCACAGCCACACAGCCAAUGAGAACAGCCAGCAGACCAAGAUUUGCUCUCACCACCCAGCUGGCCUUUGCCGAAGCUCACCACUCACAAGGCUUUUAUGUAGGAAACAUUCUGACAUGCAAUACUGUACAUGCCAAGCGGGUAUCAGCCCUGUCAUGUAGUUAGUUGUACAGCCACGACUUCACUAACGUCAAGACAAAAAAGAACCCUUUACCUUUCUGGUCAAAACACAGGUAACAUAC